AACCUGUUGCGUCAUAUCCCUAGUCCCUCAGUCUAAGACUCAGGAGGUGGAGAGUCCACUUAAAAACCUACACACUCUCCUCAGCCCUCGCAGUUUCCUUCCUGGAUUACAGCAGUGGACAGACCCUGGGAGAGCCCUUUUUUCUCUCCUCGCCUCUCCUCCUUUCUUUUCUCUCUCUCUCUGUCUCUCUCCACGUACAAGAGUAAUGUGCUCCUUUGGUUUUGCCCGAUCCAUGGGCUUUGCCCUCAUCCCCUUGGCGAUCUGCUGCAUCGCGGCCAACGUUCUUCUGUUUUUUCCCGGAGGGGCCAUGAACUAUGUGCAGGACGGUCACAUCUCUUGGUACCCAUGGCUUUUCAUGGGCGUGGGUGGAGGAGGUGUAGCGGUCUUCCUGCCUGCAGCUGUAUUCCUGAGCAUGGGGAAAUGUGCUGCCAGCUGUGUCACUGAUAGCUGUGCUAUGUGCAGCUCGGUGCUGGCCUCGCUCGUGGGACUGGCUGGCUCCAGCUAUUGCUUUGUUGUGUCGGCCUUGGCUUUGCUCAAGGGCCCCUACUGCUUCACCCUGAUGGGAUGGUCAUACCCUUUCGAGAAUGACAGUGGAAACUACUUGUUCAACAGGGAUACCUGGUCUUCGUGCAUCCAGCCUUCAAACAUUGUGCAGUGGGACGUCACUCUGCUGUCCAUCCUGCUGGGUCUUAGUGUCCUGGAGUUCAUCAUCUUGUUUCUACAGCUGGUGAAUGGGGUGGUGAACGCUGUGUGCCGACCCUGCUGCUACAAGCAAGAGUACAGCCUCAAUGCCUGAGCCUAAUCCACCGUCCUGUUAGCCAGCCAGAAUCUGUGAGGAGGUGGGGGUGGCGGGGGUCCACACGAUUUAAUGAGCCUCUCUACUCUGUUCUUCAGACCUUUUCUGUAAGCUUGUGAUCCAUAGUUCUUAUUCCAGGCAUUUCUUGGACUUUUGGACCCCCCCACACACCGCCACACCCCCAACACAGAUACGACUGUCCGCAUAAAGGCCAAAUGCACAUGAGAUGUUGUAAUUGGAACGACUUCUCAGUAAUUAUCAACCUCUUCUGUUGGCUUCCUCUAUCAGUUUGAGGGGGGAGAACUAUUUUCAGUAUUCACUCCAUUCACUGUAUUAGAAAUGAAGGUAGACAUCACAGGUGAAUUUCAUGGAGUUUUUCCCAAGGCAAGCCAAGGCAUAUUCACCUUGUGAUAUCCACAGCUCAUUUUAUUCAAGAAAACGUUUUUUGUAUGAUGUUCUGUUUGUUUUGUAUUCUUGUUUCUCAUUUUUAAGAGUCAAAGACAAUGUAUUGUAACUUAUUUUUUAAAUUCUUGAUGUUAGAUGUGUCGAAAUGUACAAUAUUUUUAUAAUGUUUAUGCUGUCGAAUUAAAUAAAUAUUUUCAGUCCUUGCAUACAAUUCAAAA